GCCGUGCACCAUUGUCGAAAGAUCGUCCGGGUAGUCGACACGCGUCUUCCGACACUCUUCUUCGCUUCGUCCGGUGUCGCGAUCUAUUCUCUUCCUUCCUCUCGGCGCGAAUUCACGAGUAACGCGGUGCCCGGUCCGAUUUUCCAAAUUCACUCUAAGCGCCCGGGUUUCUUCCGGUGUCUCUUCUUUUCUUUCGAACAGGUGGGCUGUCGCGAAGGGCUAACGCGCGGGACUCGGGCGGGUUACUCUGGUGCACGGUAAAAGCCGUUUCACGUAUUUCCGCGAUCGUGCGCUCCGCGAGAAUCGUCGGGUGUGUGUAGCGAUCGCGUUUCAAGUGAUUCGAUGCUCCAUCAAAUUUAUUGAGACAUAGUGCGAAAAUGCGGAUGCAGCUGCUGAAGAUCGUGGUGGUCCUGCUGGCAGCAGGAUCGGGUGACGCCAGGCCUCAGAAUGGUGCGGAUUCGCAAGCGAAGACGAUAGAGAGGAGCGACGCGGGAUGGAGGGGCGUCCAAGUUUCGAGCAAGUCACACGACGUUGUUCGGGACGAUAGCAGUGGAGUCAACGACACCCACCGUGAUCUGAAGGAUCUACAAUACAUGGAUCAAUCUCUGAGAACCGUCGCCACUCAGCUCCUCAACGUCACACACCCGCAGGACGUGAUGACGGUAAAUAACAAGGAACUCAUCACGGCCGAGCACAGCGUCGCGACUACGCCGAAAUCACCGGAGAAGAAUACCCCAUCGCUGAUAAGGAAUGCUAGUUCGGAUAGCGGUCUGAAUUUGGAGCCUGUAAGCGUGAGUUUCGGCAGGCCGAUCAAUUCUAAGUUCAGCUAUUUCGAGAACAGCCAUCCGGGCCAAGCGAUGGCGAUGACGGAAGAGGAGCUCGAGCGGGAGAUGAGCACGACGAGGCUGAUCACCGCCUACAAAAAUCACCCGACGACCACCGGUGGCAUUUCCACUUGGAUUCUGCUGAAUCCGCCGUCCACAACUGUGAAGAGCACGGAGAUCGAGAAGACGAAGACACAACAGCCAUUCCAGACGGAGGUGCGACUCACGGUGAGACCGAGCUCGACGAUUGAAAAGGUGGAGACGAUCCCGCAGCCUGAGAAGACCGUGGAGAAGACCACGCCGCAGUUGACUCCUGUUAUAACCACCGAGAAAGUGACCGUGAUCACGAAAAAACCGGCUGCGACGACGACGAAGAAGGCCGCGACUACUUUAAGACCGGAGAGAAUUACUCAAGAUUCAGGAAAGACAGAAACUUCGGCGAGCACGACUUUGAAGGUGAUCCGCACCACGACAACGAGCACCUCGACGACGAGCGACGGGACGGCUACGUUAACGACUGUUCUCACGACGAAGAAGACCACUCAGCCGCCGCGGACCACCUCUAAGCCGAAAGUCACCACGCCGAAAACGACUUCCAAGCCGACGGCAACGAAGGUAACAACAACGAAGCCGACGACGACGAAACCGGCCAGACCGAAGCCAACGCGGAAAACCACGAUCAAACCUGAAACAGUGAAGAACGAGACUUCCGCGUCGACGGGUAAGAUCGAGAAGGUGACCUUUAAACCGGUCCCGAUCAUCACGACCCUGCAGGACAAGCUGGAGAACACCGAGAAGCCGAUAUUCGUUACGAAGAUAAAGGCAUCGGUGCUCAUGGACACUCAGAAGACUCCGACCACGUUACUUCCAGCUACUACCGCGUCUACCCCAAGCGCGAGUACCACGUUCAAAUCGACUUUGUUCAGUGCGGACCUCGUGGAGGUGCCAGUGAGAUCGAAGCCGAUCGGCACGAAGGUGAACAACGUACUGAAGGUACAGCUGAAGAAGCCCGUGGAUGAGACUACGCAGAUUGAAAUAGAGCCGAUCAAAGUGAACGCGCCGAUCCUGAAGAUCGAGAAGGUCGACAAGACCAAUAUGGAUGAGAUUCUGGCGAAGGACACGGACGAUCUUAAUGAUUCCAGAAUAGACCUAAAGUUUGACUUUAAUCCCGAGCUAACCAGGAUCAAUGUCGAGACGCAAACGGAGGAAGCGACGACGACGUCGCCGGUAAGUACAAGAGCGUCGACCACGAAACGGCCGAGGCAUAAUUCGAAGAGGAAGAAGAACAAGACACGCAGGCGCAAGCCUACGACACCGACGCCAAGCUCGACGACAGUCGCGAUGGUGCCUGUUGUAAUGGAGGCCGGCGAGAGCGUAACUGACCCCACCUACAUGGAUAACGCGGUCCAAGAGUCGAAGAUCGCGCCUGAGACGAAGGUCGCGGCGAACAAGACCAAGAAGAAGCAGCCGCAGAAGGCGAUCGGCACUCAGAUCUACAACUUCCUCAGUCGCGAAGUGAUGCCUAGCUUCGGCGUCAUGUCGCUGGUAGGUUUGGGUCUCGGUCUCGCCUCGUAUUUCCUGUAUCCCUUCGGCGGUACGAUCACUCGUAGGAACUACGAGGUGGAGCCGAACUACAAGUACAACAUGGACGAAUACGGCGGUAAUUACGGGCAGAGCGAGGAGGAGAUGCUGUCCAAGGUGUUCCAGGGUAUGACGAAUUCCGAGAACAAGUAUCCCGGGGGGAAAGACAGCUACAACGGCAACUACUAUCACUAUCAGCAUUACGAUGGCGCGUACGACACGCAAACGACGAAGAAGGCCGAUUCGAGAUAUCCGUCGGUGUCCACCUCUCCCGUUUAUAAAACGGUGGAGAACACUCAACCGGCGGUGAAGUACCGGAACACGGACUUCCGCUAUCCCGAGGUACAAACCACUCCGGUUUACUACGAUCGCAAGCGUCCCGACCUCGCGGCGGAAGUCGGCGCGGGCUCGGCGGCGAAUCGGCAAUUCGUGGUCGGCAGCGUGCCCAAGGAGUAUUCGUACGACGUGAAAGUGGCGAACUCGCCGGUGGACAGGAAGAAAGGCGUUGGCUACGUGUCUACGGAGGUCGGGCAGACGCAGUUCGAGAGGGACGUUGCGCAGGGCUUCGAUUUCCCCAACGCAGCCGCCUUGCACAGUUACAGCCAUCUGGGGGCAUCGACUAUCCGACCGGACGACGGCUACGAAGAGAUUGAGAUAACGCCGACCGCGGUGGCCGUCGAGCACGGGCCGCGGUCCCUCAAGGUCAAACGCGCCGCCGUUAACGAGGCUGAGGGCGGCCGGGGACGGAGCUGGAGGUCGAAGAGAGACUCGGUAAUACAGAUAAUACCGUCGAAGCGCGAACUGGAAGAAGAGCGCGAAGAGGCGGAGAAGGAGGAGGAUCUGAGCAACGAGAUUCUGGACAUCAUCGACUCGGCGCUGCCGGGUGGCGGGGAGCCGCACAAGACGAGCAGCGAGAACAACGAAGUGGAGGAUCUCGAGGGGCAGAAGAGGAAGCAGCAGGAGGAAGCUAACGCGUACGCGAAGGCGUCCACCUACAAAACCAUCGUGGGAAACACGGAGGGCACGACGGAACACCCUGCGACCGCCACGAUCGUCGGGAAAAUGGAUGACGGCGGUACCAGUGUCUCUUCGGAGAAUCCCUCCGAUAAGGAUACCACGCAUCCCACGGACCCGAAGAGUCCCGAGACGACGACCGUCGAGUGGCUCGACAGCUCGGCCACGAAGAAGCCCACGGAGGGCUUCAGCCUCCUAAAUUUCGUGAAGAAGGUGGCCGAGAUCAAGUUCAGACUGGGCCUGACGAUCCUCAAGCACGCCAGCGAGGGCCUCGCGCGGUAUCUAGGUCACGUGCAGAAGAGAAUCAACGGCGAGGAAUAAAACGAAGGGUAAAAUCGCGGUGGAGCGGCGAUGGAAGUUUUCGCGUCGUGUGACGGUACGCGUUUCUUUCCAAUUUCACGGCGCGAUACGGUGGACACGCGGUGGAUAACGGCGACGGACGGCUGUAAUCCUAUAGUAACGGUAGUCAGUGAACGCGAAGAAGCGACUUCCCCCCCUCGACUUCUUCGCAGUCGAUUUGAGACGCGAUUUCACGGGCAGUCAUUUUUGUCCAUCCGUAAACGAUCCUAUGCGAUACGAUACGCGAUCGUCCUUUCACUUAGAAAGCUAAAACGACGAAGGGGAACACGGACUACUGUUACGAUCGCCGAACGCGCGGCGUCUUCCUCUUCAAGGUAUCGCCGUAAACAUCACGGAUGGGGAAUCCCGUGUCUUCUUUCAGAAUCUGUCUCAGUGCUCGAGGGAUCGGCGACGAUCGCCUCAAGUGUUCCAUUGCGACAUUGUUAAAAAAAAAAAACUUCAUUCGAACACAAAAUGUCUUAACACAAAAUGUCUUAACUUUAAUCUUUGGGUCCUGGUAUGACAUGCACGGAAUGCGUCUCGACACGCGAUAUACGGCAUGACAAGAUGCAUUCCAGGGAUACUUUGUCGAAAUCGAGACGAUCGAGAUAGCCGCGGGAUUGGUGAGGGGUUUCGAGAGAUUUUUCUCGCUCUCUCUCUCUCUUUUUCUCUCUCUCUCUUUCUCUCUCCUUCUCUCUCUCUUUCUCUCUCUCUCUCUUCCACACACAGGAUCGAUUGGAUCUUUAUUGAAAGUCGCUUUUUAAUCUCUCUACAAUUGUUUGGUAUAUGCGCGCUGCUCUCUUACCCUCUCGCUGGAGGGCGAGCGAAGACAUAUGGUGGAGUCGAUUACUGGGCAGCUUAUACUGUAAAGUACGCUAUAUAACUAAAUAAAUAAAACGAGUUGAACGAAUAAAUAAAUAAAUAAAUAGAUAAGUAUGCAAAACACUCUAUGUAAUACCCUGGUAUGCGCUAUGUAAAUAAAUAUUGGAGAAUGUGUGAA